UCUUUGGGCCUCAUAAACAACCACAGAACCACAAGUUGGGUACAGAGGCAGUCACACAAGAGCAGGUCCGGGAUAUUGGUCAGCAGGCAGGGCGAAUCAUUUUGACUACAAACCACAAGAGUUUCAUAGAGUGGUGAAAGAAAUCACAUAUCACCCUCUUUUAAAAGAGAAAAUAAGUUUUUAAAAGAGGAGACCAUGGAUUCAAACAGCAUAUUUGAGUCAUUUCCUUCUUACCAGCAGUGCUUCGUGCGAGCCGAACAACAAGAGCAGUACAAGAAAGCCAUCAGAGCCACCCUAGAAGUAAAUUAUCACCUGCAAUCUACUACAGGGCAAGAUCUACCACAGGGCCUUAUUAUGCUCUCAGCAGAAGAUACCAGCACCAGCCGCCGCUUCACGCCGCCGUCCACCACGCUGAGCCCGGGCAAGAUGAGCGACACGCUGCCGCUGGUCGGCCAGGAGAACAGCAGCGGCGCCCUGGUGGGGAAGCUGAGAAGCGCAAAUCGCAGCAUGGUGGAUGUCUUAGCCGAUCACCCGGGAGAGCUGGUCCGCACCGACAGCCCCAACUUCCUCUGCUCUGUCCUGCCGACCCACUGGAGGUGCAACAAGACUCUGCCGAUCGCCUUCAAGGUGGUGGCCUUAGGAGAUGUCCCUGAUGGGACUUUGGUCACAGUUAUGGCUGGAAAUGAUGAAAACUACUCUGCAGAACUCAGAAAUGCUACUGCUGCCAUGAAGAAUCAAGUAGCAAGAUUUAAUGACCUGAGAUUUGUGGGUAGAAGCGGGAGAGGGAAGAGCUUCACUUUGACCAUCACAGUUUUCACAAAUCCUCCACAAGUAGCCACGUAUCACAGAGCCAUCAAGAUAACGGUGGAUGGACCUCGAGAGCCAAGAAGACACCGUCAGAAACUAGAUGAGCAGACAAAGCCUGGGAGUUUGUCCUUUUCAGAGCGCCUGAGUGAACUGGAGCAGUUGCGUCGCACAGCCAUAAGGGUCAGCCCCCACCACCCAGCCCCCACUCCUAACCCAAGAGCUUCCUUGAACCACACCACUGCUUUUAACCCUCAGCCACAGAGCCAGAUUCAGGAUACAAGGCAACUUCAGCCAUCUCCUCCAUGGCCUUACGAUCCAUCUUAUCAGUAUCUGGGAUCGAUUACAUCACCUUCUGUUCAUCCAGCAACACCCAUUUCACCUGGAAGGGCUAGUGGAAUGACAACCCUCUCUGCAGAACUUUCAAGCCGACUGACAAGUGCUUCUGACCUAACAGCAUUCAGUGAUCCAAGAGUAGGAAUUGAUCGUCCUUUCCCUGCAAUACCUUCCAUUUCUGAUCCUCGCAUGCACUAUCCAGGAGCAUUCACCUAUACUCCAACACCUGUCAGCUCAGGAAUAGGGAUUGGUAUGUCUGCCAUGACCACUGCCACAAGAUAUCAUACUUAUCUACCCCCUCCAUACCCGGGUUCUUCUCAGGCUCAGGGGAGCCCAUUUCAGACCAGCUCCCCUUCUUACCAUCUCUACUAUGGAACAUCAGCGGGAUCAUACCACCAGUUCUCCAUGAUGUCUGGAGGAGACCGGUCACCUCCACGUAUCCUUCCACCUUGCACUAAUGCUUCCACAGGAUCCACUCUUCUCAAUCCCAACCUUCCAAACCAAAAUGAUGUCGUGGACACAGAAGGCAGUCAUAGCAACUCCCCUACCAACAUGGCAACCACAGCAAGGCUAGAAGAAGCAGUAUGGCGACCAUAUUGAAUCACUAGCAUGGUUGUUUUGUCUGUGAUGUCUAUGGUCUUGUCAUGAGUGUGGUUGAAGGCUCUGCCAUGUUUAAAGAUCAUACAGAGAAACAAUCUAUCCAGAAGUCAGUACUUCCAGGAUUGGUGCCAUCCCAUUGAUUUUGGUCAUUGAGGUGAUAAUAUUUCAGAAAAGUACACUCGUCCAAGGGCUGAACUUCUGAAGAUGAAAACAUUUUAAGGUGGCAGUACUAUUCCCUCACUUUGUCUAUAGAUAUGGGGAAGGAUAAAUACUCGAUAUGUUUCCAGAGCUUGAGACUUCACAAAUAGUUUUGGAGCUCCUCAAAGCUUUUUGAGAGUGUUGCUUUUGAUAUCUGAUUUGGAGGCUUAAAGCCUAACACAAUCUUAAUGAGUUUAAUCAUUUUGACAUGCUGGUUAAAAGGAAGUAUAGGAAGAUUCUCAGAGAGAAACUGUGAAUGCUUCUAAUUUAGAAAUGCUGUGAAUAAGAGUUUUUAUAUCUUGGAAUUAAUUUUUUUAACCAAGUUGUAUAUUCCAAAGAGUAUGGAAAUUCUGUUUAUUUUUUAUUAUUUUUUAAGAUGCAACUCAUUCUUCUUUGCAUGUCAUUUUUAUUUCCUUUUUUUGGCACCUUAGAAAUUUGUAAAAAGAUUUAAUCUUUUUUAAAAUGUGCUUGCUUUUCUCAUGCAUUGUCAACUGAAGGCAUGAACAAAAGCCCUUGUAGGGAGGUGAUUUAAUUAUCCCUUUAAUAUAAAAGAGUGACAGCCUUGAGUCCUUUUGAACUACUGAAAACGUAUAUGAUGAGUUACUCGAUAUUUAUGCUCUUAGCAUUGAAUUUUUGUGUGUGAUACCUUUAUUAUUUAAAUAUGCUUAAAGAUAAGCACAUGCAUUUUGUAGCAACCAAAGUUUAAAAUGAUCAGAUAUAGAAUGACUGGAAUAAUUAUGGGUAAUGUGACUUUUAAUUAUUUAGAAGUAUUGUUUACAUUUAGCUCCAUUUCACUUUCAUCAGUCAUUUAAGACCCAAUGAAGUCUCUUUUUUCAUCCAGUUGAGAACCCAGAAUUAUUUUAAAUGUUAGUGUAAUAGAAGUUGUAUCAGAGUAUCUCCAUUCAAAAAAAUUAGAACUUUGCAUCACCUUUUGCUACAUUUUAACAGAAAUUAUGGAAUAUGAAGACACUGGAGGCAGGGACUGGUCUCAGAGAGAGCAUAGCAUAUGUUAUGCUGAACUAAUAUCUAAAGACAUGAAAAGUAAAAUCAAAUACAGCUAGAUAGUAGAUAGCAGAAUACUGAACUAGUAGUUAACUUCCAUGCUGAUAUAUUUUGGGGAAAAAUCUGAUAAGUCCCUGUAUAUUCCACUUUGGGAAUGUUGUGGUCCUAAGCACAAUCAUUUGGACACAAAUUUCAUGGAAAUCGACAUAACAGAAGCCCACACUAGAU